UGCGAGCAUCGCGGUGGUCAAAGUCGCUCGCCGUCCUUGAUUUCGGGCCUUGAAUACGUACGCGUUGGUGUUAUAGAUCUCUGCAUAUCGUCAAUCGAUAUUUUGUUAUCAACAAUGAAAUGGCCAGUGAUUAUGAUCUGCCUGGUUGGUUGGUCGAGCUGCUACACCCAGCGGCCCAUCGGUCAGAAGGAUAAAGGAUUUAUAGACUGGAUCAACAAUCUCCUUGGCGGCACAACGACUACCACGACUUUAAGACCUAUAGACGACCCGCCCGAGGACUGCCCAAGCUGUCAAUGCGGCAUAGCACGCACUCGUCGGCGCAUCGUGGGCGGAUAUGAAACGAAAGAGACGGAGUACCCCUGGAUGGCCGCUCUUUUGUACGGCGGAAGAUUCUAUUGUGGUGGUGCACUUAUCAGUGAUCUGUACGUUUUGACAGCUGCUCAUUGUACUUCAGGAUUCCGCAAGGAACGGAUUACAGUUCGGUUCUUGGAGCACGAUCGUUCUAAAGUAAACGAAACUAAAACGAUAGACAGAAAGGUGUCUGACAUCAUUCGUCAUCUGCGGUAUAAUCCCGGAACUUACGACAGUGAUAUCGCCCUUUUAAAACUAGCUGAGAGGGUAGACCUCAGCAGUGCAUUGAAGCGAGUUCGCAGUGAAGGAGACAACGGCACUGCCACGGAUGACGACAAGGACGUCGGGCUAAGACCGGUCUGUUUACCCAGUUCUGGACUCUCCUAUAACAAUUACACGGGUGUUGUCACAGGCUGGGGAACUACAGAGGAAGGUGGCUCUGUAUCCAAUGCAUUACAGGAGGUGAAAGUACCGAUUGUGACAAAUGAAGAAUGUCGUAAAGGCUACGGUGAUCGGAUAACAGAUAAUAUGAUUUGCGCUGGAGAGCCAGAGGGCGGCCGUGACGCUUGUCAGGGAGACUCGGGUGGACCGAUGCAUGUUCUUGAAAUUGAGACAUCAAAAUACUCUGAAGUCGGUGUCGUGUCUUGGGGCGAAGGGUGCGCGCGACCAAACAAACCAGGCGUUUAUACACGUGUCAAUCGAUACCUCACUUGGAUUAAACAGAACACUCGCGAUGCCUGCAAUUGUCAAUAAAAACACUGCUAUAGUUUAAACAUCGCACCCUGGUUCCAGAUUUUCGUGGGAGGCUUUUAACUAAUUGUUCAAAUGUCAAAUUGUAAACCUUUGUUUUACUUCUUGGUGCCUCGUUAUUAUCGGAGGUUGACUGAUAUGUUCUACAAAUUGUUUCUCAGAUAAAUUUAAUUAAUGUUUAAUAUAUUAUACGGUAUAUGAAAUUUUAAUUUAUUA